GAUCAACAGCCAUCAUUGUUUUGGUUGUGAUUUGUGAAUUGUGAUGUCAAUUUGGUUAUACGAUCUGAACUUUUCCCAAUAUUUAAUCAAAAAUUCGAUCACUUUCUCUAAAUUUUUUUAAAAUAUUCUCCUUUUUAUCUAUUUUUUGGAUUCAGAGUAGAAUUCUGCUUAAAAAGUGAUAAUUUUAUUUACUUUACUAAAAAAUGGGUUGUGAUGGUGGAACUAUCCCCAAACGGGAUGAACUUGUUAGGACCAAGAAAAAGCCAGAACAGAAAGAUAAAGACGCUGAAUUGUCGUACCGUUGGCGACACUGUAGCAUCAACCAGCAGCCAUUGCAGAAACCGAUUGUCGCCUGUCAGUUGGGGCGUCUCUACAGCAAGACAUCGGUCCUCGAGGGGUUGCUGGAUAGAACCACCCUACCUGAAACUGCCACUCACAUCAAGUCGUUGAAGGACGUAAAAGACUUGCAGCUUACUCCAAAUCCAGCUUUCAGUGAGGGAGCAGAAAAGGGAGAUGGAUAUGUUGAUAGGCAGUGUUCUCCUUUCAUUUGCCCCGUUAUAGGACUUGAAAUGAACGGCAAAUUCAAGUUUUGCUUCCUGUGGACUUGUGGAUGUGUGAUGUCAGAACGUGCCAUCAAAUCGGUCAAGGAUAAGAUACAGAUGUGUCAUAAGUGUCAAAAACAGUACGAGGACGAAGACAUUGUUAUUUUGAAUGCGGCCAACGAAGACCUGGAUGUGAUGACUGAGAGAAUGAUGCUUAGACAGCAGAAAAUGAAGGCCGAGAAGAAGGCGAAGAAGGCCAAGGUGAAGAGCGAGUCUGGUGAAGGUGGCUCAGACACCCAGGCCUUGCAGAACGGUGGCAGUGAAGCUAAGAAGAAUGGAGUGAAUGGCGCAUACCUUGCUUUCUCUUAUGCCUUUAAUGGUACUGGUAAACGACCAAUGACAACCUGUUCGCAAAUUCCGAAUCCAGAAAUGAAAAAGACAAAGACAGAUUACAGUGUGGCGGAAGACCCUAACGCCAGCUCUGUUUUCAAGUCUCUCUUCACGUCUCAUAAAAAUGCCAAACAGCAGACCAGAGCACAUUGGGUCACAUACAAUCCUUUCUACAAUUGAACAUGAUUUAUUAAAAAAAAUGUAAAUAUUACUUGUUUUUUUAAGGGUAAGCAAUAAUUUUACUGUACUAGACUAAUAUUAACCUACUUUAUGUAGGAUAAUUACUUUAUAUAAUUUUAAUGUUUUACUACAUUGUUUGAAAAUAAACUACACAGAUUUCUAAUUCUC